GGAAGUGGUGCCACAAUAACUAAAAUCCACUGGUGGUGGGACUGCUAAUGAAAGUGGAGCAUCAGUACUGUCAAUCCAACAGAACCCUCUGAUGGUGGGAUGAGGGAAGCAUGGUUGGCUUUGUAUCUUGCAAAUACCAGUUGCCCCCCGACCAUGGACAGCCAGGAGAUAGGAGUCUGGCUUGAGGAGUGCCUUGAAGCGGCAGCGCUGUCAGGAGGGCAGCCGUACCAAGCCAGCGAGGAGGCGAGGCAGAAUCACCGCAGUACCAGAAGUGCCCUGUGCGCGGAGCUGUCCCUGCUCGUCCAGGAGGCUGUGGAGAUGAAGUGGCCUUUUGUGCCGGAGAAGUGGCAGUACAAGGAGGCCGUGAGCUCCCAGGACAAGACCAACCUCACCGACCUCAUCAGCCGAAAUCUACCCCAAUUAAUGGCUCUGUUGAAGGCGGCCAUCUUGGCCUGGGAGACGUGCGAGGCGCUGGCGGUGGUCUUCCUGGUGGACCGCUUCCUGUACUGGAGCGACGAGUCCCCGCGCCUGCUGAGCCUCACCAAGCGGCUCCACCGCCGGCAGCCCGGGGCGCCCGUGGCACCCCAGCUGGUCCUCAGACAGGCCAGGGUCUACCUCAACUCUGGUAAACUCCACAAGGCAGAGUUCAUCUUGAGCAUGCUGAUCAUUAACAAUGGUGCAACAGGGAAUUGGGCGUACCGCUCGGAGAGCGACAAGCUCCUCGUGCAGGCGGUCAGCGUGCAAGUACGAGGCCUGGUCCUGCAGAAGCUAGGCCUAUGGCUGGAAGCCGCCGAGCUCAUCUGGGCCUCUCUGAUCGGCUACUUCGCUCUUCCUCAACCUGAUAAAAAGGGCAUCGGCACGUCUCUGGGACUGUUGGCCAACAUACUGGUGUCCAUGAACGACGAGGACUUCGAGGCCCUCAAGAACAACCCGGACGUCGACCUGUCCCUGCUUGGAGCCGGCGUCCACCGGCUCCUGGCGGCGGCCGAGGCGGCCCGUCUGGCCGUGGUGUACAGCCAGUACGCCUCCCUCUACGUGCUGACCAACGUGGUGGCUCAGGGGCUGUGCCUGCAGUCCUACAGCUUCUCCCUGGCCUGCCCCGCCGCGGGCCGACGCCACUACCUCCUGCAGGCCAAGCAGGCCUUUGAGGUCGGCCUGCUCACCAAGACGGAGCUACAGCCCGUGUCAAGCCAGCAGGAGCUGCACACCUUCAUCAAGGCGGCCUACUCCCUGGCCGUGGUCCACCGGUGGCUGCAGCUGGCCUCGGAGACGGAGCUAGGCCGGGCGACCCGGGACUGUCAGGAAGCCCUGGCCCUCUUCUACAACUACUGCCGUCCCGGCGACAAGGAGAGAGACGGGCUCGCCGCCCAGGAGAGAGACGGGCUCGCCGCCCAGGAGAGAGACGGGCUCGCCGCCCAGGAGAGAGACGGGCUCGCCGCCCAGGAGAGAGACGGUCUCGCCGCCGAGGUCAUGCGGCGCGUCGGUCAGGUCAAGCGCACGCUACGCGUGGAGCCGUGGCCGAACUCGGACCCGGGCUCCUUCAUCCCCGAUUUCUACCGGAAGGGCGCGGAGGAGAGGCCGGUGAGGUUCAUGCCGGCGGGGUUCUUCCGCCUGAUGGAGCGCUUCCAGGGGUACCACCAGGCCAUCUGUGAGUCCCCGGGUACCAGCGGUGUGGAGGGUACCCCCGGCGGCGGAGGUGGAGCCGGGCUGUCCGUCACCGCCAUGGGGACCACGGUGGAGUCCGGAGAGCGCGAGGAAGCGGGAGCGGACACGCCGGGGGGAUGCCCGGAGGCGCCGGUCGGACGCCCGGAGCCACCGAGGAACGGGGCCCUGGCUCCUACCGAAGGUUUGACGGAAAGUGAGUCGGAUGGCGGGGAUGGCCUGGGCUCUUCAUGGCAGAACGUGAGCGGCGUCGGGUCUCGUCCCGGGAGCGGCGGCGGCGGCGGCAGCGGCUCCGCAGGAAGCGGUGCCGGGGACCACGAGUGGGUGGAGGCGGCCAUAGAUACGGAGAUGGGCGAGGACGAGGGUCCGGUCGGACCCCUGGCCAUCGGAGGCGACGAUCAAGUCAAAGCCAACGUGGGUGGUUGUAGGCCUGGUCCUGGUUUACCCAGGAUGCACCACACCUCCUCCUCCUCCGUCUCUGGCGGCGAGGCGUUCGAGUUGUUGGAGGCGGCCAUAGAUACGGAGACGGGCGAGGACGAGGGUCCGGUCGGACCCCUGGCCAUCGGAGGGGCGACGCGACCCAUGUCGCGGCUCAGUCUGGGCUCGCCCCUCGGCUCUCUGGGUCGGAGCUACGGUUCCCAGUCGUCGUGGGAGAGGAUCUCCCCGGUCCCGCCCCCGUCCGGGAGCGGAUCGCGGGGCCCGCCCUGCGGCCCUCCGGUCCAACCGGGCGCCACGCGGCCGUCGGCGGAGCAGCUGACUCCGACCGAGGAACCGCCGCUGAACGAGGGCACGCCCGCCUCCAGCUCCUCCUUCGAGGAGCUGGAGGCGGGGGAGCCGGAGAGUCCCGCCGACGUCCCCGGCCCGGAGGCGACGAGGCGCGCGUCCGAGAGGAACGCCGCUUGCUGGAGCUGCCGGGAGCCCGGUGCUCUGGCCAGCCCCCAGCCUGGGAAACGGUACGUGCUGACGGAGCAGGACUACCGCGCCCUGCUGGCCGGGGUCUGUCAUGACUGUCUGCUGCGGAGGCUGCAGAGCGAGGGGACCAAGUUCAAACUGAAGGACCACUUCAAGGCUUACAGCGGCCUCCAGCUGAAGUUCUCCAGGGCGACAGGCCUGUGGACCUCCAGGGAGACGUGUGUGUACAUCGGGAAGCCGACCGGGAAGGAGGGCAAGCAGAGAGCCGCCCUGUGGGUUCAGUUCCUCCACCAGGAAGAACGCCUCAGCAGCUACAUGGGGAAGGACUACCUGAAGCCCAAGGAGAUGCAGUUCCACCUGAAGGACGUGGAGAGACAGAUGACGUCGCAGUACUACAUCACCCGGUUCAACAAGAAACUCUACGAGCAGAAGAUCACAGCGCAGAUCUUCUUCUUGCCCUCCGACGCUCUUCUGAUCCUGGAGGAGGGGGAAAUCAUCGGUUGCUUGACGGUAGAGCCCUACAUGCUGGGGGAGUUUGUGAAGCUCACCAACAACACGCGAGAGAAGGACAGCCGCUACAAGGCUACGGAGUACGGCAUCGCUUUCGGACACUUCACCUACCUGUUCUCCGAGCGGCAAGAGGUGGUGGUCGACCUCCAAGGGAUGGUGUCGGCCAACGGCAAGGGGCUGACCUACCUGACGGACCCCCAGAUCCACUCCACCAGAAGCCCCAGGGGCCCCUCCAACUUCGGAGAGCGGGGCCUCCGCCACUUCCUGGACGAGCAACACGGACCGGAGUGCAACAGCGUGUGCAGGGACCUCCAGCUCCCCCCCAUGGGGGGACCUCCGCCCGCGCAGGUCUGAUCGGUGGAUCCCUCGUCCUGAGGGGGGUGGUGCUCCCGUGUAUUCAUAUGAUUUGAUUGACGUGUCAAGACAACAUGUUUUGUGAUCAAAUCGAAUGGUUAAUACAUUUCGGGAAUUUCCCCAGCCCUCAGAGGCAUGUGGAGUUUCCCUGCGUAGACGUGGAAGUAGAACACUUGUUUGACCCAAAUCUUACCAUCCAUUGUGUUUCCAUUGUGUUGUAUCCCCCGCAAAGACAAUGUUGUCAAAUAAGUCACAGCUCAUCCUGUAGUAGACUGAUAUAACUUGAUUUAAUCUAUUAAAUCAUUAGACCACACAAUAUUAAAGCUAACAUCAAUACUUCAUUGGAACUGACACAGUAUUAGAGCUAACACAGUACUUACUGUUUUUUGCUCACACAUUGAGUUGCCAAAACAACACCCUAUAAGGUUGAACUCAGCUCUACUGUUAAACGGCCUCCUUUAAGUGUCUGAGAUCAACCAGACCCUGUAGGCGUACAGACUUCUUUAUCAUCAAUAUACUACUGUAGAUGUUCCUUUGACCAGAUGCUUCAUGAACCACCUCCAGGUCUGUUUACCUAGUAUCUGAAUAAAAAGAUUUUUGUUGAAGCUUUA